AUACCGAAAGGUGCCGCAUCAUCAUCAUCAUCCCUCCCAUCUGUACAUCCCACCGUCCCACACUGAGCUGGUGGCUACUUUAGCUUUAGCUUCCUGUCUGUUAGCACCAUCUCUUCCUCUCUCUCUGUCUCUGCAGUGGGAUUGCCACAACAUCAAAGGCACCUCCCUCCCUCUCUCCCCCCCUCUCUCUGCAUCCUCCACCAUCCGACACUCAGGAAGAGAAGAAGGGAACGAGAUGGACUAAAGGAGAAGAAGAGAUGUGUUUACUCCAAUGAGGUUCGUCCGCCCACAGUAGGAAUCCUGUACCUCUCUGUCUCUCACCAUGAGCAUCGCAGCUCUCUCACCCGUGGCCCCUGAGCCGCUCUCUCCGAUGAUCACCUCUGUCACCCCGACUCUGGACCCCGACACUCCCACCCCCUCCGCUACUGUUUCCACUGUUCCUCUCAGUCUGGACCAGGAGCAUCAGUCCCAGGAUGGGGCCUCCUCGCCCGGCCCGGGCCCCAGCAGGGGCAGCCUCACCGGGGGAGGACCUCACCUGGGCAGAGACCCCUCCCAGAGGUCAAAGAAACCUCCGCCUCUCCACACUGGAGCCGACUGGAAGGUCGUCCUCCACCUACCAGAGAUCGAGACGUGGCUGAGAUCGACCAGCGACAGAGUCACACAGCUAACACACUCUGUGGGACAAGACAGCGACAACAGACACGUGGACGUCCACCUGGUGCAGCUCAAGGACGUCUGUGAGGACAUCUCAGACCAUGUGGAGCAGAUUCAUGCCCUGCUGGAGACAGAGUUCUCCCUGAAACUACUGUCCUACUCCGUCAACAUCAUCGUUGACAUCAGGACGGUGCAGCUGCUGUGGCACCAGCUGAGAGUCUCAGUUCUGGUUCUGAAGGAGCGUCUGCUGCAGGGCCUGCAGGACUCCAACGGGAACUACACACGCCAGACUGACAUCCUGCAGGCCUUCAGCCAGGACCAGCACCAGACUCGCCUGGACGCUCUGACAGAGGUGGACGACUGCGGUCAGCUGACCAUUCGCUGCAGCCAGGACUACUUCUCAUUAGACUGUGGCAUCACCGCCUUUGAGUUGAGUGAUUACAGCCCCAGUGACGAGCCUGAGGCCCAGGAAACUGAGCAGGACAGCGAGGAACCCCCUCAGGAACUCGAUCAAACCCAAGGCCCAGAAGGCGAAGGACCCUGCCUCUCGAAUCACGAACUCCAUAACAGUUUACCUGAACUCGCCACGCCCGCUGACUCAACAAACCACAACCAUUCUCCGUCAAUAUUACCCAGUAUCCCCAGCCACAGUGAAAGUGCGAAGCGCCCUCUGCAGGGUGUGAGCCACAGCACCGAGGUGUCGCCCACACAGCCAUCACUUCCCAAGAGAGCCGCUCUGUUCUCGGACGGAGGAACCAGGGUGGAGGACAGGAGGGGAGGACUGAGGAAGGUCAGCCCGCUCCCUGGGCUCCAAUUCCAGGCCGAGCUGAGUCGGAGCACCCCGUCUCUCAUGGAUCCUCCAGACCGCUCCAAGUUCUGGUUGGAACUGGACUCGGUUUAUCCAGAAAAUGUUUCACAGUCCUACGAGAGUCUGCAGGUCAUGAACGGGCGCAACCUCCAGAGAAACAAUGUGAGCUCCAGGCAGGGAGGACGCUCGCAGGGGAGCAUCCAGAGACCGCUGACCGACCCGAGGAGCCCAUCUGGGGUCAGAUCCCCCACCAGUGCCCCCCCGCCUCUCCAAGCUCCGGUGUCUCAGAAUGAAAUAUCAAAACAAAUGGAGAGGACGCAGAAGGAGACACAUGCACACAGUGAGGGGGACUCUGACUCCUCGUUGCCCUCCCCCAUGAGGGAGCAGUUCCUCUCCUCAGACCUGGAGGCGUCCGGAGAGGAGUCAGACCCCCGACCACGGCCUGGCAAGACGGCGGUUUGGAUCGUGAAGCGCCAGGGGCAGAAGGACGCCCAGGUUUCAUCAAAAGCCAGCCCAGACAGAGAACACUGGUAUGGGUCAGAGGAGUUCCUGGCCCUACCUGCUCAGCUCCGUAAGACAGAGAUGCUCGCGAUGAAGCUGGAGAGUCUGGCUCAGUCCAUCCCACUGAGGCCCAGUGGCUGUGACUCUACCCAGGAUGCUUUGCAGGAUGUGGAUGACUGGGAUUUGACAGAGCUCAACCCAGACUGGGACGUCGGGGAGAGCGCGGACAACAUGAGCAGCGUAGGAGAGAGCGGGGACGACAUGCCUUCUCUUCUGCCACCACUGCUUCCUUACAGACGAAACCUGGUCAGCCGCUUUAGCUCCACCUCCUCCAGUGACAUUGCUCCCUCAUUGGACGAAAGCAUUGAGUCCGGUCCGUUAAGCGACCUGCAGUCUGAAGAGGACGAGGGACGGAGGUCUGCAGACCGUCGCCUGCAGCUGAUAACGCCCCCGGUGGACAUGCGUGGAGGUGCGUCCCUGGUGCACCAGCUGCUGGAGGACAUUCAGAAUCAAGACAAUGAUCCCGCCAUCUGGAAGAAGAUAGAGUGUUUCGUGCAGCAGUUGGACGGGUUCAUCUCGUGGCUGCAGGAGGCGCUGGACAGCACCGAAAACUGGACGCAGCCCAGACAGGAUCUGGACAGCCUGAGGGUGUACCUGGACACACACCUGAGUUUCAAGCUGAACGUGGACAGUCGCAGCGCUCUGAAGGAGAGUGUAAUGGAGGAAGGCAGAGCUCUGCUCACCGUCAUCACCUCCCACCAAUCAGGUCUGAAGGAUAUCCUCCAUAUGGUUUCCAGCCAAUGGGAUCAGCUCCAGCGGCAGAUCCGGCGCCAACAUGGCUGGAUGCUCCGCGCCCUCCGCUGCAUCCAGGCCCGCCUCCUUUACACCAGCCAAUCGCACAAGCACUUCGCAGCCUCGGGGGACCUGUCAGCCAACCGUCAGGCUCCGUGCUCAUCGGACGGCCUCAAGGCUGAGCUGAUCCCCAGUCAGUGUGAAGCCCAGCGAGCCGCCCUGGCAGAGCAGAUGGCAAUCAAACUGAGAAGCCUGCACUACCCGUCAUCGGCCAGCAGGAGGCACUACAGUCAGCUGGCGAGGAACAACAGUCUGCAGGACUUUGAGGCCGAGUACCAGGAGCUCUGGGAUUGGCUGAUGGACAUGGACGCCAUGGUAACAGACAGUCACCAGCUGAUGAUGUCAGAGGAGCAAAGACACCACCUCUUCAAGAGCAGCCACGCUGAGCUGAUGAUGAUGGAGAGCAGGAAGACGAGCCUGCUGGGCCGAGCAGAGUCUCUGAAGAGGAGCGGGACCGAACUGCCCGAAAACUUCCACCGCAGAGUACACAACCUGACGCACACAUGGAGACAGCUGGAGAAAAUCCUCUCGGAGCAUUCAGGACCCAGUUCCUCCUCCCAGCAGAACCAGUCAGCCAACAUGAACUCUGUGCUGGUGGGUGGUCGAGGCGUUGCUGCCGUGGAGAACCCUCGCUCGGCGCUCUCCCCGCUGACCAACUCGCUCCUGGAGCAGCUGGAGGCUCGAAUCAAAGAGCUGAAGGCGUGGCUGCGAGACACCGAGCUCCUCAUCUUCAACUCCUGCCUGGGACGGGACAAAGACGCCUCGGAGCAGCUUCAGAGCUUCAAGUCUCUGUGUUCGGAGGUGCGAGCCCGACGCCGAGGAGUCUCCUCUGUUCUGAAACUCUGCCAGAAGCUGCUGCAGCAGAGCCAGUCGGGCCCCAUGGCGGAGGUGGGCCCAGAGGCGGAGCAGCACCGGGAGGCCCUGCAGCUGCUGUCGAUCAACCUGGAGAGGAGGUGGGAGGCGAUCGUGAUGCAGGCGCUGCAGUGGCAGAACCGACUGAAGAGAGAGCUGGGAGAGCAGCAGGUUCCUGGGAGCUUUCUGGAACCUGGUCUAGUCGACCUCCACCAGAUGAGCCCGGUCCCAGCUGGUCCAGUAGCACCGCCUCCUGAUGACUCCUGGGAAUGGGAUGAAACCGACAUGACAAUCACAGAACUAGAGCCACAACAAGUACCACAACCUGACCUUAUGCACAACCUCUCCUCAGAACCAAAUCUGCCUUCGGACAGCAUUCUGUCAAAUGGGAAUCAAUCCGAUGGGAUUCAAACCGGUGUCCCAGCCAAUCAGAGUCCUGAGAUGAUGUCCAAUAUGAGGGAGAGAUCCUCAUCUGAGAUUCAGCCCAGUGUGAUCUCCCAAACUCUUCCUCCUAACAAUAAUAACGUCUACCAGGUGUACAGCCUCCACAGUGUCGAGUUAUACAGACAGCCUCAGUUUCCUCUCUCCUCCUUGCUGCACAAAUCCAAAUUAGGAAAACGCAAACAGCACCUCCUUCUGAAGAGCCUGAGCAAGGACUCCUCAUUCUCCUCCAUCGAAUCCCUCCCAGACCUCCUGGGAGGUUUGAUGUCAAACAGCCGAGGAGGAGACAGAAUCGUUGGAUACCAGGAUGUGGAGAGUGAGAGGGAGAGCGGCAGAGGAAGCGGCCAGUCAGCAAGCAGUCGGCGGUCGGAGAGCGAAAGCGGGAUCGUAAGUGAUACAGGAGAGUUGGAGACAACGGCAAACUCUGAAAUCCAGGAAGAGGAGCAGGGGGAUGAGGAGGAAGAGGAAGAGGAAAAGAAGCAGAGGAAGGAUGAAACUGUAGAUGGGAGCCAUUUGACUCGGCACAAAAACACCAGGUACAACCAAAGAACCAAGAGAGAGGAGAGUAUGAAGGAGAAAGGAUGGAGGAGAGAGGACAUCAGAGGAGGAAACAGAGAGGAGGAGAAAAGGAGGAGGCACAGGAGGGGAGGUGCUGAGGCUGUGGAGAUUCUAAUCAACUGUCGUGGAAUCCUGACUCCCGCUGACUCUGACUCUGACUUUGAGGUGGGAGGACUCGGUGUAGGCUCAUCCAAGCCCUUGAUGUCCUGCAGUGACAUCACAGGGUUCAAAGUUGACCAAAUUAACGGUUUGGAGACUCCUCCUGCUCUCAGCCGCCAGGCGUCCAGUCCAGUUUUGUCUCACGGCUCCUCUCUGGAGUCUCUGCUGGCUCCUGGUGUGGAGUUGUUCCCCUGCAAAGAUCAGCUGCAUCGUAGCGCCUCUCUGGAGAGCUGCCUGGCCCCGUGCCGUAGUGCUGAAGAGACCGGAGGCAGUCUGGCCAGCCUCGGGGAGCUGGACCUGGGGCAGAGCAGGGAGGUGGAUGGAGGUGAACCAGGAAAGGAGAAGAACACUGAAAGCGUGCAAGGAGAACCGUCCUCUGGGGAGCUGAGCAGAAGAACUCUCGAUCUCCUGAAACGCCUGGAGAACAUCCAGAGUCCUCUGGAGGCGAAGAUGACCCGCAGUGUUUCUGACAUGACGCUUCGGAGCAGCUCCCCACAGCGGAGCAAACUCCCUGCCUCACCAUCUCUUGGUGGUCAUCACGCCCCCCUCUCCGGGGUUUCAGGCUCUUUGCGGAAAGGACCGCCAUCCCUGAUCAAUGAAAGUUCUGCAACAGCAUCACUAACGGAGCUGAGUAGCACUGAGGACUCGUCUUUGGGGUCUGAAGAUUUCGCUAUGCUCAGAAAUCAACGCCACGUCUUCCUGGAUCCCACCAUGGCAGCCAACGCCAACUCCAGCUCUCGUAAGAAACGUUGCCACGGACACACCCGAGGAGGGCAGGUGAUGGAUGAAGCAGAUGCAGCAAGUCUGAGUUUGGUGGUGAACGUCUCCUGUACGUCAGCAUGCACAGAUGAAGACGAGGACGACAGUGACCUUCUAUCUUCCUCCACACUCACACUCACCGAGGAGGAGCUCGGCGUCCGGGAUGGAGAGGAUGGAGAGGAGGACAGGUUGAGUGGUGCCUCCUCUGGUAAUGAUGAUGAUGAAGAUGAUGAUGAAGAGGAGAUGGAGGGGUCUUAUGUCCUGGGUCUGGAGUACAUGAAGAGGGAGCUGCAGAGUUGGAUCCGAUCUCCUCGAGCCUCAUCUUGCUCCUCCUCUAAAACAGAAGCAGGCCUCAGGGAUGAGCUGCAGUGUGGGACCAACCUCUCCUCCACCUUCACCUUCUCCUGUCAGAACAAGGAGCAGCACUCCUUUCAAAACCGCUCAAAAUUAAUAGAAACCAACACCAACAGUGGCAACAACAAAAGGGAAAGGGAGAAGAAAGAACAGGAGGAAGAAGAGGAGAACCGCAGGAACGCAACAAGAAGCUACAUCAGCCAGUUUGUGGACGACGUGGAGAACGGGAAUGUGGAUCAGAGCUGUUUAAAAGGGAAAGAUGAGGACGACGAACUCCUCCGAGAGGAGUCGAGCGUGUUCACAAAGAAAGGAGAGUCACUGAGGGAGACGUACGUGUUCCCCAAAACAGGAGAGACAGUUCAGGAUGUCAGCGACUUGAUCGUAAAAACAGAGUCAAACUCAACGAAGCAGCUUUGUCCAUCACCGUCCUGCGAGCGCCUCCCCUUCCUGUCCAAACAUGCUUCCUCUUUAGUCGGACAGCUGAGAGGGGAGCUGCCCUGCCACAGCUCCUCCGUACCCUCGCCUCCUUCCCUCUCUCCCGUCGAGGACUGCAGAUCCCAUGAUGCCUUGCACAGCAGCAGGCCAGCCACCGGGGGACGGAAGUCCAUCACCAGUCAGGAGAAGUUCAAGUUCUCGUCUUUUGUGACGGAGCAGACGAGGAGGGAAGUCAGAGACAAAGCAUCGUCCCUGCCACCCAGAAAACGCCACAACUCUCACUCCUCCUGCUGCAACCACCUCCCCUCCCCCUCCAACCUCCGGCCCUGCAGUGUAGACGAGGGCAAGAAAGAGAAUGUGCACGACUUUGUGAUGGAGAUUAUUGACAUGACGUCACUGGCGCUGAAGAGCAAGAAGAAUCAGCCUGAAGAGCUGAACCAGGCCGACAGCAGCGGGUCCAAACCAGACCAGGGUCCUGCAUCACUGACACAGAUCAAAGACAAGGUCCUCGAACACUCCCACCAGCCUCUCCACCUUCGUAAAGGAGACUUCUACGCCUACUUGUCUCUCUCCUCCCAUGACAGCGACUGUGGCGAGGUCAGCCAGUGCUCUGAAGAGAAGAGCUCCACGCCGGCGCCCUACAGCAUCCCGACUUACGUCACGCCAACACAAGGCCUCCACAGCCCGAGUCCUGAGCUGUUCACAAGCACCAGGCAGCAAAUGUCAAACUCUGCUCCGUCCUCCAGACGCUCCUCCAGACGCUCCUCUCCCGGCCCGGACUCCAAGAACAGCUUCUGUACUCUUGAUUUGAAGUCAGUUAAUGGUGAGGAGCACACUAGCCCCUCUCUGUCGUUGCCCCCCAGCCCAGACAUCAGGGACGAGGAGACCCUGUUUGCCGCGUGUACAGAGGAGGUCUACCUGGGCCCGCCUCUCUGCUACAGCAUGGUGCUCACCAAGAAACCACGGCGGUUCUUGCUGAAGGAAACUUUGGAGUUUUUGCCCUCCCUGGACUCUGGCUACAAACAGAAGGACAGUCUAGCUUACUCGCCUUGUUCAGAACCAAAUGACAGUCUUCAAGAGGAGCCUGGUUUCACACCAAGUGAUAGUCUGAGCUACCUGACACCCUCAAAGGAGCUGGUGCUGGAUCAAGAGCAGGAUCACCUGUAUUUCCAAGGCUCCAGUCCCACAGAGGGAACACAGCGCUCCUUCUCUCCUCUCCCGGAGCCUUGUUACAGCUCUUUUUCCACCUCCUCGCCCUCAAACAGCGUCUCCGCCUCUCUCCAGGGGCCCGGCUCCAAACCAAAAGCUGACAACCCUUCCUCUCCUCCUCCCGUGUCCUCUGCCGCAGAGGAAGAGAACCGAGGUGAGGACCCGUACCUCCUCUGUGAUGUCGCUGGAGGAGAAGUCGCGGCCGCUGCGAGUGUCAGCGCGCCGCAGGAGGAGAGGAGUCGUAAUGAGGGGCCUCCUUAUCUUAAUCCCCGGGCGCGUGUCGCCCCGAUAGACUCCUCCGCAGCCGAAUGUUUGGCAGAUACUAAAGCGCUUGAAUCCAAUAUGGGCGCCGUAAUGACCAAGAUAAGUGUCUGCAGCUCCGCUACAAAUCCCUCAAAAGAGGCAGCCACCACCGCCACGCGUAUUAAUCCCAAAAUUAACUGCUCGGCGAUGAGAGAGGCAGAUAGGGAGGAGGGGGAGAGGCAAGGAGAGGUGGAUACUCGGCGGGUGAAGCAGGAGGAGAAGGGGAGGAGAGGGCGGAGCGGCUCGCAGCAGGAAGCAAAGACAGCGGCGGAGAAGCAGGUGAGCUCUCAGUCAGCUGUCAAUCACUCCGACAGAACAGCACAGGGGCGGAGUCAAACCUCAGCGAGACUGCCCACCUCCAGGACACGGACAGUCAGUAGACUACCUGUGUUGGGAGCAGGAACCUCCAGGAUCCAGCUGUAAGGGAGCUCUCUCCAUCUCCUCCCCGCUGAGCUGAUCUCUCUCCUGGGCUUCGUCUCUGUGGCUGC